GAGCGUUUCCUAAUUGAAUUAUCCUAACCUUCUACGAAAAACUCACUUCCGGUCGUAGCUGUGUCGAAGUGGCGUGUUUAUAGGGAAUCUCGUAAAAAGAAACCCCCACUCCCACUGAUUCACAGCUGUCAGUUGGAGGAAAAAACACUGUCAAUCUUUGGGAGGAACCACUGUACAGUAUUUUAACAACCAAGACGAAGAAAGAGCAAAUCCUGGAAACAUCAACGUCGUUUAGAAGUUUCUACGAGCCAGACGAAUCUCUUUGAAAAGGCGUGACGUGAAGAGCAGUGUCAGUUUGCUCUGUCACACAUUAGAAAUUGGGGUUGGCUAGCUAGUAGCUGGCUAACCAGCUAGCCAGCUAAAUUUAUACUGCUCAAAGGGAUUGGCCUUCUCUUUUGCAUUGGGGUCAUUACACCGGAAAGGACAUCUCAGGAUUCAAUUAAACCUCAUUUUUAUGUUUUGGGUCCCAAGGAAGGAUUUUUACCCCCACACUGUGUUGCUCUAAUUUGGCCCUGAACGUGUUGGUGGAGCUGCAGUUGCACAGAAGCCAUGGGGACACCAGGUAGAAAGCGUGCCCCUAUCAAGGACCGGUUUUCAGCUGAGGAUGAAGCCCUUAGUAGCAUUGCCCGGGAGGCGGAGGCCAGGCUGGCUGCAAAGAGAGUGGCCAGGGCGGAGGCGAGGGACAUCCGAAUGAGAGAACUCGAACGGCAACAGAAAGAGCUCUCCUCUCGCCACUCCUCAUCCAGCAGCAGGAAAAGCUGGGGCUCGAUCCACCAAUGGAUGGCCGACACAGAGAAGGCCCGGCACUCUGGAACUAGUACUAGAUCCAGUAGCCAUCAUCGGCGGCAGGAUGAUGAUGUCAUGUCGGUCCGUAGCACUGGAAGCUACAGGUCAACCUCCUCAUUGCGAGACCUGGGCAGCUCAUCUUAUAAAAGCCUGGCCAGCACCUCUCAUCGAAGAGACCUGGUGUCUGACGGCCUGUCCAAUAGCUCGGCUCUGAAGAGUAGCUCCUCUGUGAAGGGUAGCUCCUCUCUGAAGAGUUCCCGCUCCACUAGCUCUGUGUACAACGACCUGCAUAAGAAGACUCCCGUGUCCAGCAGCUCCAGGAAGGGCCUGCUGACUGGCUUGUACCACGAUCAGAGGAACUACAGCAGCUUAAAGAACACCACCAAACUUCCUGCCCCCACUACUUCCACCUAUCAGCCUCGGGCCCCGUCUGUGGCCUCCACCGCUGGCUCUGGUUCGGGGCUGACGCGCAGCUACAGCCUGGCUUCUAUAAAUGACGACGGUCUGUAUGGCUCGUACACUGGUUCUCAAGUGCAUACCCCCUCUGAGUACAGCUGGUGCUCCACCCGGAGCAGCCCUGUGAACUCCUCUGACGACGAUACUGCCAGCACCGUGUCCCAGGAGCGCUACAGUCGCGGCAGGAGAGACAGCGUGUCGUCUGAUUUCUCUGACGUCAGUGAGUCGGCCGCUGACUAUUUCAGCCGCUCCAACCGCAGGGGCAGCGUUGUGUCUGACCUGGAUGACCUGUGUAUCCCAGACGACCUGGACGCUCUGGAUGAAAAAUGUGAUAAGACCUUCGUAGACUACAGCCGGCCAUCCUCGCGCUGCACCACUCCCGGCCUCUCCCCGGCCACCCUGGCCUCCCUGGGGGGGACCUCCUCGAGACGGGGCAGUGCAGACACAGGCAGCAUUGUCGAUCCUGACACCAGUCUGAGUGAAUUGAGGGAUAUCUAUGAUCUAAAGGACCAGAUUCAGGAUGUAGAGGGGCGGUACAUGCAGGGGCUUAAAGAGCUGAAGGAGUCGCUCUCGGAGGUGGAGGAGAAGUAUAAAAAGGCCAUGGUAUCGAACGCACAGCUGGACAACGACAAAGCCAACCUCGUCUACAACGUGGACACACUCAAGGACGUGAUCGAGGAGAUGGAAGAGCAGAUGGCCGAGAUGCGGAGGGAAACUGAGGACAAGUCUAAGGAACUAGAAAGACAAAAGCACACAUGCACAGUCCUGCAGCACAAACAAGUGGAGUUAAAAGAGGGAAUGCGCCAGAGAGAUGAGCUCAUAGAGAAGAACCAGCGAAUCCAGACUAACUUAGAUACCCUCACCAGAGAGGUGUUUGACCUGCAGGAAACGAUAAACUGGAAGGACAAAAAGAUUGGGGCCUUAGAGAGGCAGAAAGAGUACUUUGAUUGCAUUAGGAAUGAGAGGGAUGAGCUCAGAGAUGAGCUGGCUGACAUCAAGGCGAAGGCCAAAACAGGAGAGAAACACGGCCUGGUCAUCAUCCCUGAGGGAAUGCCUAACGGGGACAUAAGCCACGACGACCCAGCCACAGGGAUCACUGUGGUCACACAGGAGGCUGCCCAGGUGCUGGAGUCAGCAGGAGAAGGGCCUCUGGAUGUUAGGCUACGAAAGCUUGCGGAUGAAAAGGAUGAACUCUUAGCUCAGAUCAGGAAGUUGAAAAUGCAGCUGGAGGAUGAAAGGCAGAAGCACUCGAAGAUGGAGAACGCCUUCACAGAGGGAGAGAGGAUGGAGAAUGGCACUGAUCUGCACGUCAUCGAGAUGCAGAGAGAUGCCAACAGACAGAUAAGUGAAUACAAGUUCAAGCUCUCGAAGGCAGAACAGGAAAUGGGCACAAUGGAACAAAACAUCAACAGACUUGAAGGACAAGUGUCCAGAUACAAGGCAUCGGCGGAAAACUCAGAGAAAAUAGAAGAUGAACUGAAAAUUGAAAAAAGGAAACUUCAAAGAGAGCUGCGUACGGCUCUGGAUAAGACCGAGGAGAUGGAGAUGACCAACAACCACCUAGUAAAGCGCCUUGAGAAGAUGAAGGCCAAUCGGAACGCCCUUCUGUCUCAGCAGUGAGGUCUGCUGGAUUGCCACAGAAGCCCUUAAACUCACACCGCAGAUAGUGUCUGGAGCACAUUUCCAUUCUUCCUCAGUAACACUUAAAAGUUGUGUAGCAAAACCAAAAACACUUACAGAAAAAAAGCAACACUGGUAGCACCGAGGCAAGAGUUGGUGUUUAAAAGAAAUAAAGGAUUAGCACCAGUGUCUUCGGAAGGGAGACUCAACCUAUUAAACCAUAGUUACUAGGGGGAGAUGAUGAAUCUAAGGAAAAUUUGACUCAUUACUUUAUUUUUCAAAGCUUUGUUACUACAUGUUAUUCACAAGGUUUUACUGCUGGGUGCUUGGCUAUUAUAAUUUUUUUUUAAAUAAGUUGCAUGAAUGAGUAUAAUGGCGCUUUUUAACUGUUAAACCCUUACGGCUGCUCUCUGGCCCUACACCUAUCCAUAAUCCCUCACACAGUGAAGUGCCUUCUCACACCUGGAGACUGAGGGUUUUGCAUUAACCAAACAAUAACUGGUACAGACAUGAUUUAAUGAAAUAUAUAGAACUAAUUGUCUGCAGAGGUUUCAUUGAUUUCUCAAAUAUUUAAAGAUUUUUUGGCAAUAAGUGUAAAUGUCAGAACUGUAAAUACAAGGUAGAUUUUUUUUUUUUUUUUGCAUGGGUUAUGGCACAUUGAAUUCCAUUUGUAAGAGUGGUUUGAGGUUCUUUAUUUGGGGUACAUCAGAAGACAGCACUACAUACCACUUCUCAAACAGUGUUCGCUGCUUUGAAAGCCAAGCAGUUUCAAGUCUCAGGACCACACAGUGAUUGUGUCUGGGGCAGCUAUCGCAUUGAAUAAACUCUUAACAGAUUUA